AUGGACCCAAAUUAUUUCAGUCAAUGGAUUUCACCGCAGCAGCAGACCCAAAUCUUGACCGAACCGUCGCAGCAGAGUCUUCAUGAAUCACGUCCGACCUCGUCCCUUGAGGAUUGGUCCAAAGAACGCACGGCGUCGACAGGGACGUCGACGUCUACACCGACUGUGACGACGACGAGCACAGCGCCAACGACAGCAGCGCUGGAUUUCGCCGAUAUCAUGGGUGACAUCGCCACCACAGGUUCAUCUUCUGCACUUUCACCUCAGUCGACCGCCUUUUACCAGUCCUUCCAGAAUUAUUUCCAGGCCCCCUUCAAUUCGAUUCCUUAUGGUGCGGCUUGGAAUUCCCAGUCAACCGUCCCUCUGUCCAAUUACUCCAGUCUCAAUGGCGCAACGAGCGCAGGCCCCUCGUCUUCACCUACUUCCCAGCCAGCAACCCAGCCCCAACCCCAACCCCAGCCCCAGCAUCAAGCGGCACCGCAACAUUCACCUCCACUGCAAGCCCAGUCACCCCCCCAGCCGAUGAUCAUCGAUCCGGCACUGACGACGCUGAAUGGUGCAGCCACUAAUGGCCUUCAACAGUACUCCCAGCCCUCUUCUUUUCAGCCUCAGCAAUCACGCACUUCAUACCCUUUCACGCAUCUUUCAUUAUCACUCAGCAAUUCUAAUCCAUAUUUGUAUUCACAUUCGUAUCCUCAGCAAAUAGCCACAGCAUCUGCACAAGGGACCCUUUCUCCUCAGGCCCUGCACUCUCCUUCCCAGUUAAUGACGACCAUCGUACCAUCACAGUUCUACGGCAAACCCCAGCCAUCAGGACCGCAGUCCGCUCCGCCGGCAGCACCCCCACCAGCACCUUCUCAGCCACCAGGUUCCACACCACAGGAACGCAAACAGCAAUUCCUCACUUCGAUCAGACCGCUUCUACAGGCCUCCGCGUUCACCGGAGCCCAGGCCGUCAAUACUUUGGCAUCUCGCAUAUCAGUUUACGGCCCCCAAGAUGUCGACGCUGCCACCCGUCUCGAGAUAUUAACUAAGAUCCGUGACGGCGCAGGUAAUCACUAUUUUCGGGCCUGGUCCGAAAAUCCGACUGCAAUGGACAUCUCUCGAGAGUGGCUCAAGUCCGUGCUCGCAACAAAGGAAGAUAGUACUUUGGUUGAGACGAUCAUGCCGCUUCUACAUAUUGUCGAUCGAUUACCACUGAAUAUUGACGCCUUGAAAACGUACAAGUUGGGCAAGUUGAUAGUAAAACUGUCGAAGGACCCACCUUCUCCGGCGAUCAAGGAUAUGGCUUCGAACAUCGAACGAAGAUGGCGUCAGAUCGUUGAAGUCGCGAAUGACACGAAAAGCGAGGAACCGAAGACAAAGAAGCGGAAACUCGAAGCACCUGUUAGCAAACCUUCUGCUGCGCCCGUCAAAAAGCCCACUGUGACUUUGGCGCCUACAAAGACGGUGACGAAGAAGGUGACGGCGCCUGCGGCGAAAGACGCCAAGUCAGAUUCAUCUUUCUUCUCUGCACCGAAACCCAAACCGAAGCUGCCGACGUUCAAGAAGGCGCCUGUGGUGAAGAAGGAGCCUGAUGCUAAUGUCUCACAGCCUUUGUCUAUCGAUCCGUUCCAGGAGGCUCUCAAGUCGAUGGCGAAGAGUCGGAAGGAGUCUCCCGCUCCUACGCCGACACCGCCGACGGCCACGACAAGUAGUCCUCCUCAAGCUGCUGUACCUGGCCCUAGCAGGCUUGGUAGAAAGAAGAAAUCGGUGUCAUGGGCUCCUGAUAGCGACCUUGAGUCAAUACGCUUCAUAGAGAAGGCUGUCUAUGAUGACGAUCCCGUAGAUGUCAGCAACUCGCUUUUCAAUCUUACUGGUAUGCAUACUGCACACAGCGCGCGCGAAUUGGAAAAGGGUGAGGGAGCUGCCCUUCAUCAGCAUGUCUUUGAAGAGACAAUAGACUGGUCUGAACCUCAGUUGAUCGACAUACCGAUCGAUAUCGAAAUACGGCCGCGAGGAGAUGCUAGUGAGGAGAAGGCUACGCAAGAGCAGCGGGAAGAGACUGCGUUGGGUGCGAUGUACAUGACUCCGGCACAUAUUCCCCCUUCUCCAGGUGAACCCACAAACCAAAUACCGGAUGAAGAAGUCGAUAGAGACGUGCAGACGAUGACGUCGGGUCCUGAUGUCGAAGCUGUAUUCUGGAAUAAUGCCGACCCAGCGCCAUCAAACCUUGGAGUAGCAGACCUUGUUGCCCAGUUGGCGGGCGCGAUGGAGACUCCGCCCUUCGGUGUAAAUGGCAAUGGAGAUAUUAAUGUACCUCCUGUUGACGCCAGUACUGCGUCUGCAUUAUCUACGAUGCCGCCGGAGCAGCUACAACAGCUUUUACAACAACUAAAUCCAACUCUAUUUGGGAAUGGGAACGCGAAUCAAAUUCCUUUCGGAGGUGGUGACCAAAAUUGGACACAACAGCCGGGGGGAUUUACCGAGUAUGGACAUGGGCUCCAGGACGACACGUCGGAGGGGGCCGGCCACUGGCGGGGGGGAGGAAGAGGGGCGCGUGGAAUAGGAAGGGCCCGCGGCCGUGGUCGGGGUGGGCGAACUGACGAUGGCGGGUAUAGACACAAUAAAAGAAAACCAUGCAGUUUCUUUCAGGCAGGAAGGCGAGCAUUGAAUCAACAUAUGUCUAAAUUGGGGACGGAGACUGAUCGUUCCGUAAACAGAUGCAAGUAUGGCGAUCAAUGUGAUUUUGCACACGAGUACGUCUCAUGA